AUGAGGCUAAUCUUUUGGGUUACAGCCUUGGCUGUGCUCAGCUUAACAAGCGCCAAAAACUCGACAGCGAAAGCAAAACCGAAACGACAACUCGAUAAUAUACGAUCGCCACAGAAUCUACAAUACUCCUUGGUACUCCCGCAUUCAAGAGUUGCUCAUUUCCGAUCUACAUCGAGCAACCGCAGGAUUUCCAAUGUACCCAGAGGAAAACUUCCGCCUUACGCGGUGCAAAUGGAACCAGUCGUCCAAUAUUCCCAAAAGGAUCCUCUGUACGAUCCGAGCCAUGAUAAUUUAGAUGAUGCCGUAGUUAACAAAAACGAAAUCCAUGCUCAGCCAAAAAUCCUGAACAUUCAUGAUCAAUCUUCCGAAGGCUCAUUCGGUCCACCCUAUGGAGCAUUGCCGACUGCACCUUUGUAUAGUUAUGAACCACAAACUCAUUAUAUAGAUGCUCCUGAACCUAUAAUUGAAAUUAUAAUUAAAGAAUCAAAUGAAUCACUGCCAGCACCACCCCCACCACCAAUUCAAAAGAAGAAAAAGGAACCAGUUCACGUUUUCUACGUUAAAUACAGCAAAGACCCUCACUCUAAGGAUAAAGUUGUGUAUGAGAAACCGAUACCAGCUAUAACACCACCGUCAAAUGAUGAAGACGAGCAUCAUGAGGAAUAUGUCACUGUAACUCCUGAACCUUUAUAUUUACCGACUCGAACGACUACUUUAAGAGCUAUUAUUAAGCCUGAAUCAGAAGUAUAUCACAGCGAUAGUAGUGUUAAGGUGACGUUCGGUAGUGAGGAAAGUCAUUACGGUGAUCGGCGAGAAGGAAAUACACCACAUGAAGAUCGUGAAGAAACUGCCCCAAGACCUUCUAUUGCUUUACCAAAUGCGCACCCAAGUCAUCAAACCUAUGCGCAUUCUGCUUCUUCCCAGCAGCAAUAUCGCGAAUCAUCAAAUGGACCUUUAUCACAUUCUAGUCCUUUAACAGAUCAUCUGUCACAAACAUAUAGAUCUGGUACUCAACAUGCCCAAAAUCGAGUGCAGUUCCAGCAAUCUUUCUUGGCUAAUGACUACCGGCUACCAAGACAAGGGCCAUCUGUAGCACCGUUUAGGAGUCAGCCACAUUCUACUAGACAAAGCCCAUUUGCACCAUCUCCUUCAAUAAGUUCACAUCCAGCCUUUCCAAGUGCUUCUCCAAGUUCCCAUUUUACCAAUAUUGCUCCGACCAUUGCAGGUCCCAUUGGUCCUGUCUUUCCUACGUCAUUAUCAAGACCUUCAUUCCAUGCUCGUCCAAGCAACCCUCCUGCUUUUGCUUCUAGACCACAUUUUAAUAAUCCAAUGAGAACUACUUUCCACUCUGGACCGCAAAGGCCAUUCCAUCAACCUCAACCUCAACAGCAAACAUAUUUCGAUGAACCUAAAUAUUUGCAAGAGAAUUAUCAUACCAUUACAACAGAACAGGUAGAACCACCUAAGGUUCAGUUAUUACCAACUCGUCAGGCACAAAACUUUAAUUCUAAACCAAGUCCUAGUCCUUCAACUGUUCAUUUCUCAGAGAGUAGACCUCAACUGAUUCCUUAUAAUCAACAACUACCACAACAACGACAACCUCAGCAAUUUGAUUCAGUUUCAAAUAAACCAUCAUUUUCCGUUUCGCCUAAUAGGCCCUUUUUUAAUUUAAAACCUUCUCCUCCUCAUGUUGAAAAUAGCAGAAUUCCAUUCCAGGCACAUCAGUCAGUUCAACAACAAUCUCAACAACAGUUUGGUUUUCAUCAGGGAGCCCAAUCAUUAUCUGGACCAUCCAUUCAAUUAUCAGCCCAACAAAACCAUAACUCAUUCUCGGGUCAUGUCUCCCCUUCACCCUCACCUAUCCCUCAAAAUCAAUUCCUUCCCCAACCAUCAUCUCCUCCUCUUUUUAGCUUUCAUCCCCAACCUUCACCAACACCUAUCCAACAAAGUUUUCAUCAGCAGCAACAAUCUGUGAGUUCAUUCCAACAAUCACAAAGCCAAACAGAAAGACCUCCUUCAAACUAUCAAAAUAUCUUCCAAAGUCAAACAAAUCUUGAACACCAACAAAACGUAGGUCAAUUUAUACCCAAUGGUGGCGAAUUGGUACCUUCGAUACCUAAAUACGAACAACAUAUUACAGUCGACGGACGAAAUCCUCAAGGCAAUUUUGAAGGCUUAAGUGAUACUAAGCAAUCGACCCCUACAUCUAUAACGCAUGGACAGCACUAUUAUCAGCAACAGCAGCAGCAGCAGCAACAGAAACAGCAGCAACAACAACAGCUACAACAGCAACAGCAACAGCAACAGCAGCAACAGCAACAUCAAUUACACCUUCAGCAACAUCAGCAGCAACACCAACAGGAACAGCAACGACAACAGCAUCAACACGAGCAACAACAACAACAGCAAGAAGAAAAUCAACAACAACAGCAAGUCUUUGUCGCCGAACAGGAACAAGUUAGACAACAAUUAGCUCAAAACGUUAGAAAACAACAAGAAGAGAUACAUCGUCUACAGACGCAACUGGAUUAUAAUCAACAAUUACAGCAACAUCAACAGCAGCAACAGCAACAACAGCGACAACAACAAAAUCAGUUUGUGCAAGAUCAAUAUAACCAGUACAGAAAUAAUUACAAUCAACAAGAAAGGUCUAGAGCUCAAACGCAAUUUGUCUCAAGUACACAAUCUCCUUACUAUCAAUCUACUUCUAGGACCGUUGAAAUUAAACCAACUACACAAAAAUACGUUUCCUCCACCGUCAACUCCUUACCAUCCACUUCAGAACCAAAUAAAGAAGAGAAAAAUAAAAAACCAACAAUAGAACUACCCGAUGAAGUACCAGAUGAUCUUCGCCAGCACUUGCUCUCUUCCGGAAUUUUAGAUAAUGCUGACAUCAGUGUCUUAGAUUAUGAUAAAGUUGGUGAAACUCCUUUAGAGUCUUUACCUCCGGACCAACUAGCAAACUUUUUCAGUGCGGGGGGUGCUCAUCAAAUUGCAUCAAGUGAACUCAAGCCUAUUGUAGUAAAACCAAAUGGUGAUCAGAUUGAAUCUAGAAUCGAUGAUGAUGUUGACGAAAAUGACCAGGACAUUGCUGCAUCUGAGAAUAUUGCUACUUAUGUGGCACCUCCAUUAACGGCAUCACAAGCCGUAGAAAUGAAAGUUGUACAUUAUGAUCCAAGUACUCUUGAAGGUCAGAAUAUUGCAAAAGAUUAUGUUAAAGAAGAUGCUACUCAAGUUGAACCCGUUGCUUUAAAUGACAAGAAAUAUAACAGAUAUUUACCUUUAAAGGUAAGCGGCAAUCAGUUUCCCCUACCAGAUAUUCUGAAGGGGAAAAAAAUAACUUCAGUUGUUGUAUUAGCGCCUGUCCAAACAGAGGAAAUAAAUAAUGAACAUACUAGAGCCGAGCGAGCUGCAAGUAAUAGUCUAAAGGGAAUCAAGUUUGUCGCCGGAGACAGUUUACACGAUUUGCUAAAGAAACCCACAACUGAUAACUUUAAAAAGUGGCUUGAAGUUGAGAAAAAAACCGCUACUGAUCAUCAGUCUGUCAUUCUUCUUGUAACAGAGAAUGAUGAACCAGCUGAGAACAGAGAAAUAUUCAUGUACGACAUUGCAUCCGGCAACGUUAACAAACUCAGCGGGGAGUUGUCGAACGCCUUUGUUGAAGCCGCUGAAAACAAUUCAUUAAGCAAAGACAUUGAGAACCUAGCCAUCACAGGAGAGGGAACUCCAGAAAACUUUGACAAAGACGUUAACGGCGACACUGCCUCGGAGGGUUCAGAGAACGUGCCAUUAUUUGUAGAUUUAUCAGGUAUAAGCUUAAAUCAAGAAGAUAGCAAAGUAUCAAUUUCCUCAGGAUACAGUAAAACAAAACUCGGCAGAUCGUUGCGAAGACAAUGA